AUGUUCCCAGGAAAGGGAAAGGCCUUGUUGCAACCAGAAGCAUUCCGCAGGGACGAGAAAUGCCACAGGAUCACUUCCAAACUUCUCCAAGACAAUGAUUUGAGAGGCAUAUUUCUCCUGGAUUGGGCCAAGGUUGACAACCGUAUUAGCUUUCCUCUCUCUAUAAAUGCUGGCGGUUCAGCAACAAUCACUAAAAACGCAGAAGAGGCUACGAAUGUCAGCAAUGAUCUCAUUCAACCGGCUAAAAGCCUAUACACUGUCAGGUCAAUAGCAGGAAAAGGAAAGGGCCUAGUUGCGGCAGAGAGGAUAGUUAAAGGGACGCGUCUAUUAUCGGAAGCUCCAAUCUUCAGGGUACCUCGAGGCAUUUCCAACAUAAAAACACUAGAAGGUGUCGUUGAAAAUGAAGUGCAGCGCCUCACUACUGGUCAAAAAGCUGCAUUCUUCGACCUCACUAAUAUUUAUGGCGAUGAUCAUAGCGAGUCCCUUGGCAUUGCUCGAACCAAUGUUCUUCCUCUGGUAGGCUCUGAUGAUGCAUCUGGUGGCUUAUUCCUGGAUGCAUCCCGAAUCAACCAUUCCUGCAGACACAAUGCCCAUAAUACCUGGAAUGAGAAUAUCGGCGAGCUUACUGUCCACGCCCUUCGAGAUAUUGAUCCAGGACAAGGAAUAACCAUUUCAUACCUCCCUAGUACAUCCGAGUUUGCAGAGCGGCAACGCCACCUGAAAGAAAAGUUCAAGUUCAAAUGCAAAUGCGAGCUCUGCUCGCUGCCGGUUGUUAAGCGUGAACUGAGCGACAAGCGGCUCACGAACAUUCAGGGCAUUGACAGGUUCAUUGGGGCAGCCCUUUUAGAUGGCGUGGACCCAGUGGCGGCGCUGAAUAUCUUACGCAUGAUGUUUGAUCUUUUUGAGGAGGAAGAUAUUUGGGAUGGCAGAGUUGCUCGAGCUUACAAGGACGCAUUCGAUAUUGCUAUGGAAAAUGAUGAUGCGCCUAGAGCGCGGAUCUUUGCGACAAGGGCGUACGAGGCGUGGUGUUUGAUUGAGGGGGAGGACAGCAUUACAACAAUAAAGAUGAAGCGCGCCGCCGACCAGCUUUCCGCGCAACCGCCAGAGGGGCUGGAUAAGGCUAAGUUUGAAAAUUGGCUUUGGAUGGUGGAGUUUUGA